AUGUCCGUCAAUGUUAACCAGACUACCACACGCGUUGCCACUCUCGAUGGUGCUUCCGACCCUUACGACCAUGAAAUCUCUCUGAUCGAUGCCACUAGGUCCUCAAACCAAGAAGAGCAAAGGUCUGCCUCGCCCAGUCCAAGUUGGAGACACUUGGCAAAAAAACCUACCAGGAACUCUCUCAAAGACCAUCUUCAACGGAGGAGAUAUGCAAAAUGGCAAGAGGACCGACAAUCCUCCAAACCGAGCAGUAUUGCGACAGAAGAAGAUCGUCCCUCAAAUUCUGCAACCAACCCGACGCCUGUGGUCGACGAACCUGAGCUAGACACCCCCCGAGCGACUCACACCUUCGAUUUUGCCCCAGAUGAACCCACUGAACGAGGUAGACAGCGGCCAACUCAGAAAGGUCCAAGGUCGAAGCAUCACAAAGAUCGUGUCUACGAGUAUGAUAUCCUUUACGAGAAUCAGCGAGGUGCUUUCUUCUGUGGCAUUCCUCUGUAUUCCCAUUCGUCUCUCAUGCCAAUCGAUCCUAGCCCCUGGGUGAACAAGGAUUUCAAGGAUUCUCCCGUCAACAUCACCAAUGCACAAGUUCCGGACCCAAGCUGGGAAUGGACAUGGAAAUCCUGGUAUGUUGAUAUGAGCCAUGACGUUGAUGAAGAAGGCUGGCAAUACUCUUUUGCUUUUGGUGGAAAGUUUGCCUGGCAUGGCACACAUCCUUGGUUCCAUUCUUUUGUGAGACAACGCCGUUGGCUACGGAAAAGAGCAAAGAAGGAUCAUGACCAUGGUACCAGAAAACCAGGCUCGCUAGGUGCCGCACAUAACCUGACGGGCGACUAUUUUACCAUUCACUCCAAAAGAGACCGAAGCCCUAUGAGUGCGGUCGAUGGGCCAGGUAAAACCGCCCGACCUACUAGCUACUUGAGCUAUCAAAGUACUCUCGAAAUUGAUGAGCCACCUGAAGAUGUGAAGGAUAUCGCUAGUCUACUCAAAGCUCUCCGCUUUGCUACCAUUGACCGAGAAAAGAUUGAAGUCGUCAAGAAGUUUGUGGAUCAGGGUGGCGAAGAACUGGCCUAUCUCAAGGAUCACAUCCAUGACAUCAUGUCUUUUCUUGUCUUUCAAAACUCAAGGCGACAGCUACUAUCAUUUCUCAAGGAAAGUGCAGUUGGGGCUCGGCAGCAUCGUCAGAAGCACGAAGAUGAACAAAAGCCAGAGAAUGACGCAGAAAGUCGAAGAAUUGAUAACAUCCUGGCAGCUGUUGAUGCGGCCAACGCUCAAAUAGCGGGACUGGAAUACUGGAGUGAUAGAAAGGAUAUCUUGAAGACUGUGGAUGACGACAGCAUGGCAACUCAAGCCAUCGCAACCAUUUUCGAUAAGCCUGGGCCCAAGCCGAUACCCGAGGACGAUCCAGUGAAAGAGAUCAAAGGUAUUUCAGCGGAUGCAGAAAUCAAAGCAGAAAAAUCACCCAUGCGCGUCAAAUUGUCACAACACCGUACGCAAGCGGAGGGAGGCGAGGAGGAGCCGGACAAGGGGAAGGCAAGAGUACAUGAUAGCGAAGACGAUCAGGUCGAGGAUAAUUCGGAAUUACGGUUGGGAGUGGAUCAGGUCUUGAUUCCUGACGAGGACUAG